AUGACCUCCGGAUGCAUGUCAACAUGCAUUGCCGACGAUGCCCGUGUCCCGGUUAGAGCUACAUAUGUUAACCUCUACAAAUGGCCUGAUUCUGACCGUGAGUUCGUCCGGUCUGUAAGUAGAAACAGUCACCGGAAGAACGGAGAAAGCCAGGGUCACCCCCGCCUGGUUGAUAGUAUCUCAUGCCGGCAGCUUUACCUUCGAAGCUACACGUUUUCAAGAAAAGAGAGCUUGAAUGAGAGAACCAUGAACUGUAUUGGAAGAGUUAAAGAAAGGGCGGUGGUUCGAGGGAAACAGAAAAAGUCUCCAACGAGUAGUGCAGGUGGCGGCCGGCAGAGAGAUGGUGGAAAGAGUAGGAGGAGGAGGAGGAGGAGGAGGAAGUGCACAGUGGUUAUGAAGGCGAAGGAGGCGUCGUAUGCUGCCUUAGCUUCCAUCUUCCGUAGGUUGUUAUCUUGCACCACUAAGAUUGAUGUUGUGGACUGA